AUGGAUGAAAAUAAGCCGUCAAAGUAUAUAAAAAAGAUUAUUCUUGAGAUUCUCAAUCGUUCACGUUGUUGGUUUCAUCAAUGGCAAGUUCAUUGUAUAGAAAAAUCUAAUAUUGCAAGAUUUAAUCCAAGAGCAGUAGCUUAUGCUUUUCUUAGACAAUAUAAUGGAGAAACUUUUGUUAAAGCUCAAAAAAUUACUGUUCGGUACAAUGAUCAAAAAAUAUGUCUUUGCGUACGUGAUUUGAUUUAUGGAAAGAUCGAUAAUAAUUCGAAUAGAAUUUCUGAUUCAAUGGUCGAAUUUAUUUAUCGAAGUGGAAUGUUUACUGAGAUCAGAUGGCCAGCAACAAUAGUCAAUCAAAAGAAUCAAGUAGAAUCGAAAAAUGAUAAAAAACAAUUGUCAACAUUGAACACAAUACAAUCGUUUCAAGAUGAAAUAAGUACACCUAUGAACCUUCCGAAUAUUCAUAUUGAUGUUGAUAAGACACCUAAUGUCAGUACCUCGAUUGUACCAUGCGCGUCAUGCAAUGAUCGAGAUGAUAAUCAAAUUUUAUCAGUGACAGAAAAUGUCACUAGUUCAUUAUGUCAAGAUUGUCGAGUUCAUCGACCAGUUUUCAGUCCACAAAACUUAAUUACUGGCAAUGAUACAAAUCUUCCAUCGAAUCAUGUGAUAGAUGAUGAGAAUCAUUGUCGAAGUUCAAUUUUUAUUUAUAUUAAUCGAAUUAAGAUACCAGAAAAUCAGAAAGCUCAUCAAGAUUUACAAAAAAAAGAAUGGUUUCCAACAAAACGAACAAUUUUACAAUAA